AUGGGUAGCGCAUCAAAGCAUAGGUGUAAUCCGGCACUCAUGGGUUUUACACCUUCACGUUCCACGUUCCCGCUACUUUCAGCCUGUUUACAGGAAGACAGCCCAGCAGCGCAGGAAGCUGUUGUCUUGAGCGGAUCACAAGCACAAACCAAGGUACCCACUACGACUGAUGCAGUUGUACAAGAUCCCAUUUUGGAGAAUAGGGAUAUACCACUGCAGCCAGAAAGUCCGCAGCAGCCUGACCAUGUUCUUCCGAAAGUCGUUGAUUUCCCACAAAGUAUGUUGGGUGUUUUGCUCGAACUUUCGCCAUUCUUGCUUUUGCUCUUCGUUAUCCUCGCUUGUUUAGUCCCACCUGUUCCAUUCGACAUCAUUGCUAGUCAUGUAACGAAUAAUGAGAAGGCGGCGCCGACUCCAGCCCCCACAUCACCACAGACACAGACAGCAGAAGUGUCCUCGUCACCGUCUGCACCAGAAAGCCAUGGAGAAAAGAGUGAGAAGCUAACAGAAACGCCGACGCCUUCACCAACUCCAUCACAAAUUGUUGAACCACCCACACCACCAUCUGCAGCACAAACGCCUCCAAUGCCAUCUCCUACAGAGACGACCACACCUACUCCUACUGCGUCCGUUGAGAGUAGGCAACCUGCUGCAGAUGUCGCUAGCAGCAUCCAUCUUCCCUCUAGCGUUUCCGAGGAAGGAAAGACUGUCACGAUAUCUCCCACUAUCAGCGCAGAGACACCUAGUCUUCCCAUUGAACAGCUCGAACAAGUUAUCAAGGAUACCAGGAACGCUGAGGUUAUCAAUGUAACCGCUGAGGAAGCUAUUGUCCCCGAAGUUCCUAUCAGCAGCAUCGAGGCUCCUAAUGUUUCUGCACAGGGACCAAAGAUUACCACAGCUGUUCCGAUUAGCAGUAUUGAGGUCCCAGCAGCAGAAGAGCAGGUCACAUCGAGCAUGGAAGCCCCGCAGCCAGCUGUUGCCAGGGACGCAGACAAACUUACGGUUUCGCAUGCGGGUGCUCCCGAUGAAGUUUCUUCCAUCCCUCUGGAAUCACAAGUGAGCUUUCUACUUGAAAUGAUGUAG